GAGAUGGAUGCGGCUCCGAAUUGUGCCAUUUGUAAUGCGCCCGCCUAUCCAGAAUGUCCCUGCGAGUCGGAGCGCCUGCAGAUCGCGGUCAAGCAGGCUGAAAACCGCGCCAUGGAGGAGAAGCUGACCGAGAUACGGGACUGGGUGAUUUCGCACGCACGACAGCACAUCUUGAAUCAGUUCGAGCGCCUUACGUCGACGCGCAAAGCCCAGCAUUCGGCCUAUCUUGCGACCCUGCCCAACUACACCAUCUACAUGCAGUAUUCAGGGCACCCGCCGAUUCAUCCCAUCUACAUCGAGAACCUCCAGCGCCAGAUUGCCGAGGCGCACGCUGAGUUGAAGCGGGGCAUCGAUGCUGACUGGCGCGCCUCUGUGCUCCGCUAUCCAGACGUCCUCGAUUACUUUUACGGCUUGGUACAGCUGAAACUACCAGACGAACGCUCACCCCGGGUUGUGGAGCCUCCGUUUGCCGCUGCGGGAUAUGCGGACAGAGGAUUUGCGGGUCAAAUAGCAAAGGAGAAGAAAAAGAAGAGAAGGGACAGCUCGCUGGCACCUGUGGAAAGAGGGAGACAUAGGGAUGAACCGCCCAUGCAUGCAGUCCUAGGGCGAGUGAGAGGCCCGCCCGCUGCACCGACUCCUCCCAUCGGCGGAGGGUACCCUCGUCCACCACCCAUGUAUCCUGGGUACUAA